AUGUUUUUUGACGAUGAUAAUGAAAAUCAUCAUUUUAAUUUAAAACAUAUUAUUGAAUUAAAACUUUUCGAUUUAAUGAAAUCUAUUCCAAAUUCCAAAUUUAAUGAUUGGCGAUAUGAUUUAAUUCAAAAUAUGAUCAUUAAUGUUACAUGUCGAUCAUUUAAUGAUGCUUAUCAAACACUAUUAGAACAAUAUCAUGAUAUUUAUUUAACAUUAUUAUUUAAACACUUAGAACAACAUGCAUUUAUUGAUAGUUAUCUUACAAUAAAUAACGUGAAUCGAAUGCAUUCACUAGGUCCAUUGCCUGUAAGUCCACUGAGUGUACUCUCGGAAUUAUUAUUCAUGCUGUUGUAA